ACAAAAAAGCCCGGCGGACCCGGGACCGGGAGCAGCACCUCGCUCUCAUCCCUCGCUCGCCGCUCACUCACCCAGACUACACUCACACAGACAAAGCUCACAGCCGCGCGCAAAGGAAAUCCGAUCCGCUUGGGGGAGAAGCAGAAGAUGGCCAAGCCCCGGGGCAGGGGCGCCGCCGCGGCCCUCCUACUCCUCCUGCUGCUGGUCGUCGCCGCCGCGUCGUGGCUCCAGGCCGCCGACGCCGCCUCAGCAGGGUUCUGCUCGAGCAAGUGCGGCGUGCGGUGCGGGCGGGCGGGCGGGCGGGCGCGGGGCGCGUGCAUGCGGACCUGCGGGCUCUGCUGCGAGGAGUGCAACUGCGUGCCCACGGGAGGGCGCGGCGGCGGCGGCGUGAACGAGUGCCCCUGCUACCGCAACAUGCUCACCGCCGGGCCCAGGAAGAGGCCCAAGUGCCCCUGAACCCGACCAGAUGACGACGAGGCGAGGCGAGGCGAGACGGAAGGACGGACCUGCCACGGCAGUGCCACUGGCAAUCUGGCGUCGCUACUACUCCUACGUACUAUAGUAGUACUGUACUAGUACGGCGGUAUGUGUGUAUGUAUUCAGUAUUCAUGUACAGUACGUUGUCCGUAUGACGUGUGUGUGAAUGUGAGCUGGGAGUGAGCUAAUAAGGUGCUGGACGGUUGUGCCCCCGAGGGCCUGCAAGUGCGACGUAGGAGCAGUAGAUCCACCAGCACAGUGUCAUGCAUGGUCAGUCCGUGCCUGUAUUAGCCAGGAGUACCACUGCUAAUGUCUAGGUUAAUUGUGGUUUCGUGCUGUCGUGAAUUUUUCUC